AUGGAGUCUGUCAAUAGAGCCGCUUGGAGCUUGGAGCCAAAGGGAGACUUGAAACUUUCCGCCGCACCUUAUUCACCCCCCUCGGGGAAUGAACUUGUGAUCAAGAACUAUGCUGUCGCGAUACAACCUUUGGACGCCAAUAUCCGUGGCCGUGCCUAUCUCGACCUCCCUUACCCUUUCAUCUUGGGUAAUGGCGUAGCAGGUGUGGUUGAGGAGGUUGGGUCCUCCGUUACUAAAUUUAAAAAGGGCGACCGUGUCGUCUCCGACACUCCCGCAUAUCACCAGAAGAUAGCCAAAUAUGGCGGCUGGCAGAAGUAUGUUGUGAGUACGGAGGCAACAACAUCCAAGAUCCCAGCUGCAACGACAUUUGAGGAUGCUGCCGCAAUUCCAUUUGCUCUCCUGACGGCUGUGGCAGCUCUGAGCCUAAAACUGGGUAUGGAAAGGCCUGGCAGCCAUCAAGAGGGGAGGGUUCUGAUCUGGAGCGCGAGCGGCUCCGUUGGGGCGUAUGCCGUUCAAUAUGCCUCUAGCGUUGGGUAUGAUGUUGUAGCAACGGCCUCACCGGGAAAGUUCGACUACGUACGUAGCCUUGGCGCAUCCGAAGUGGUCGAUUAUAGAGAUGAACAGGCUGUCUCGAAAUUAAAAGCCCUUGGACCUUACAAGUUUGUUAUGACGGCGUCUGGCGACGCGGCUGGUGCACAUGCCAUCAGUGAUAUCCUUCAACCAGAGGGUGGAGUAUUUGCGUCGACGCGCCCGCAGAGCGAGGAGAUGCAUCUGGCGGACAACGUCGAACUUCUUUAUGAUUACUACAGCAUGGCCACUCAGAAACCCGAAAAUGCGGCUUUCUCCAAAUGGUGGUAUGAGGAAUAUCUUCCCGUCGCCCUCGCCGGGGGAGUGACUCCGACUCCUCUGGAAAAGCGGGCUGGUGGUUUGUCUGGCAUCCAGAAUGCCUGUGAAGAUAUAAUCAAUGGACGGAGCCCGAAGAAGCUGGUUUUGAACCCUCAGGAGGAUGGGGAAUAA